UCGCCGCCGAGAGGCAGGUGGUGGUGGGCAUGACCGACUUUUAAAGAAACCUUGGGGGGAGUUGGGCGGCAUCUUCAGUUAGACAUUGGCCUCCGUAAGACGAAGAGCCGGAAAAAAGAGCCGAAGGGUGCAAGAAGAGAGACGAGAGACCAUCUUUCACAAACGAAAUUUUCUCAACUGGAAUUCUUUUCUCUAUCGCACAGGGCACAGGCACGAGGAUGCGGUUGUCGGCAGUGGUCGAGUUAUUGCUGAUUCUACUCUUGGUCGCGUUCGCCGCUUACGGCAGAGUGAUCGAUUUUGAUGAAAAAACUGAAGAAAGGGCAAUCAAGGGUGGCACCAAGCAGGGUAAUCUUGGGAUAUCGACGUUAUCGUUGAAACAGGCGACGGACAAUGUCAACAGGUAUUGCACAUGCAACGAAGACAUAUGCAAUUGCUGCCGGGACUUCCAUAUACCGCUGGUGCAAUUACAGGGACCGGGAUGCGCGUCCUUGCAAUACAUGCAGGGAGACAAUCUGGCGGUUCAGCUUAGCUUCGGGGACAACAUUCUAACCAGCACCAUCGUGAGCGGAAAGAAUCCCAAACCCGUUUGCGUCCCGUUACCAGGAGGGUUCACGAAAUUCUGUGGCAGAGUGUAUUCCAUCAAACGGGAGAACAAGGACCAUUUCAAAGCAUGCCUUGGACUUGAAUUACAGUCAUCGACCGAGCUCGAAGCCAGUUUACGCGUCAGCUGCUUUAGAUUUGGUCCCGACGGUCUGAAACUACGACCAGCGGAGCCACUACCGAUUGUCGAAGCAGAAGCCUCCGAAGAUGACGACGACGAUGACGAUUUCUUCGGACUGGGAAGCGACGACGACGACGACGAAGGUACUUCUCCGUUAGCUAAUUCCGUAACAAAUCCGUCGGAUGACGACGAAGACGAAGACGAGGACGAAGAUAUACUUGGCUUCGGAGCCUUGUUAGACGCCAUAACCGGCGAGGACGAAGUUACGACAAAGAAACCGAAAGUAACCACGCCUGCGCCUCUUCUUCAGUUCACCAUUCCUCUUCUAACGAAACCGACGCCCGCACCGUUGGACCCGGUUGUCGACGACGGCGUAGUCGCCAUCAAUGCAGAAGAGCAGAUCGUGCAAGCUGAAGAAUUGACAAAUACGGAGGAAGAAAGUGAUACCGAGAACGAAUUCUUAGCGAGUGAUGCGACUUCGAUCAGCAACGAAGCUGAAGAAAUCGUCACGGAGGCCUCCAACAAAAUAAUUUCGGUCGUGAAACCGGAGAAAACGCCAACGAAGAAGUUCACUGUGUCGGAUAAGAAGAAACCGAGUAUCACGAGUACUAGUAUCAAUGCCAUUGACAAUGGGGUGAAUAAGAAGAAGCCGUUGAAGAAACCGGUGAAGAUCGAAGAUGAUGAGGAUGACGAGGAUCUUUUGGCAGAUGAUCUGGAUGACGACGAUGAUGAAGAGGAGGAGCUUUUAAGCGACGAUGAUGACGAUGAGAAAGAUAAUGAAGAUGAUGAUGACGAAGAUGAGAAAGUCGACGAGAGUGAGAAUCACAAAGACGAAGACGAAGACGAAGACGAAAAGGGUGAAAUUGAAGAUCUAGACGACGACGACGAUGAAGAAGAAGACGCUGUGAUCAGCGCUUUUGUCGACGACGAUGGAAAGAAGAAGGGCAAGGUGAAGAAGCAUCAAGAAUUGUAUGAAACGGACGAGGAUGAUUCGGAUUAUGGAUUAGGUCUUACCGGACUUCUGGCUAGGAGCAGGCAUUCGCGUAGCAGUCGCAGUCGUCAGAGCAAGGAAAUGAAACUUUGAGAUUAAUAGAAUUUAACGAAGAAUCGCGAGAUGGGAUUUUCUUCGAAUUGCCGAAAAAAAUCGAUCGACUCUUGGGCAAAGGUUUUUAUUCUUAUCGUUGUGGAACAACUUUAUUAUAUCAAUGGACUCGUUGAUACGUUACGAAAUAUGGAGACUGAUAACUUCUUUCUUUCUUCUUUAUCUAUUUAUAAGCGUAACAAAAUCAAACGAACCAUGUUUAAAGAUAAUGUUUAAAAGGAAUUUUAUCGAGAUGGAUAUAAUAAGGUGAGGUAACAAAAGCAAUAGUCAGAGCACGUGUAAAAUAAGUGAAUAUCUAAGAUUCGAAUUAGAAAUUAUCGAACGAUCAUGAAGCAAAGACCGCUAAGGUUGAACAAAGUAAAAACAGACAGCGAAUUAUUCAUUUCACACCUUCGUAAAUGAAUUACAAAUUCUAGUAGCUCGCGAAGCCUUCACACAGCAGCGGCGCCUGCCAUAUCGAUUUGCUCGAAU